AUGUCUCUCGCAAGAGAUUUCAUCAAAUUCAGCUCAAGCACUUCAGCCAGGGACAAAAUAUUUCGACUGGCUCAGUAUGGCUCCAGGUUACUCCUGUGGCAGCUGACACAUGGCUCUCCAGACAGGCACAGGGAGGUCAUUACCAGGCUGUCUAAACUAGAAGCUGCACUGAGCUUGUCUCGCAAGUUGUUUCGUUUGGGAAACUGUGUUGAUCUGGCACAUAAAGCUGUGGAUGCCUUGUCUAUAGAACAUCCUGGCAUCAGAGCACUGACUGUGACAUCGCUCACCAUGAAAUCGCUGUGGUUAUUUAUAGAUCAUUUCUUGUGGUUUGGUAAAGUUGGUGUUAUGAAGAUUGACCUUAUACUGUGGACGCGGUGGUCACUCAGAGCCUGGCUGGUGUGUCUAAUAGCAGCUAGUAUGGCAGAUGUGAUCCUCUUGUUAGACGUAGAAGCCAGGCUUCACAGGGAGUCCACAGGCAGGGCCCAGAGAACUCCAUAUCUGAAGGCACAAGUACGGAGUGUACGGUUGAACUUCUGGAGAGAUGUCUGUGAUGUCUUCAUUCCACUGGCUGGUUUAGGCUAUGCAAGUCCUGGCUGUUCUGCCUUGUGUGGGGUUGUCUCCUCAUUGAUAGGUUUUCUACAGGAGUGGGAGAGACUGACCAGGCCUUGUGACCCAAAGACAUAG